UGGACCUAUUCACCAUGCUCCCAGACUCCCAGUGCAGCUCGAAGCUAAAAAAUGGAGAAGUUUCCCACCCUAAUCUUAUUUUGCAGUUUCCUCAUUGUCCUGGUAUUGCUGAAUUCAUGCCAAGCAUCAUCUGAUGAAGUUGAAGAUGAGAGGGAGUUUAAUUACAAGGAAGACAGUGAGAAGGGGCCGGCUCGAUGGGGCGAGAUACGCCAAGAAUGGAGCAUGUGCAGCAAGGGAUCGAUGCAGUCACCGAUCGAUCUGUUAGAUGACAGGGUUGAAGUAGUGUCAAAUUUUGGGAUACUUCAGGGUAGCUACAGGCCUUGCAAUGCCACUCUUAAGAAUAGGGGCCAUGAUAUGAUGUUGAAGUGGGAAGCUGACGCAGGAUUUAUACAAUUAAACGGAACUUUGUAUAAACUGAAACAAUGCCACUGGCACUCGUCUUCUGAACACACCAUCAAUGGCAAGAGGUUUGAUUUAGAGGCGCAUUUGGUUCAUGAGAGCUCAACUGGCAAGAUCGCUGUAACGGGAAUCCUUUAUAAGAUUGGAGCUCCUGAUCCAUUUUUGUCAUCAAUGAUGGAUUCUUUGGCAGAAGUUUCUGGUACCAGUGAAGAGGAAGAGGCGGUUGGUACGGUUGAUCCAAAGAAAAUAAAAACAAGGAGCACAAAGUAUUACAGAUAUAUUGGCUCACUUACAAUUCCUCCAUGCACACAAAAUGUUACCUGGACAAUUGUUCAAGAGGUGAGGACUGUCUCAGAAGAACAAGUGGAAUUCCUCCGCGUAGCUGUUCAUGAUGACUCAAAAACUAAUGCAAGACCAGUACAACCGAGAAACGGGCGGGUAGUGCAAGUUUAUAGACCCAAAGAAGAGGAAGAGGACUGAACCUAGCUAGAAUAUUAUGGAUCUAAAGUAUCACCAUCUAUCACUUGGUGUAGGUCUUGAAACCCGGAAAAGGUCCGCAGGGUCUGGUCUAAAUAAAGGAAGGGUACCCAUAAAGGAAUUGUGAUCGCUAGGAUUCCUAUCUUAUUAUAUGUGUUUAUUUUGUACACCAUUUUCCCAUUGGUUUAUUAUAUUAGCAUUUAUCAUAAAUUGUUAAAUAAACUCUACGUACUUAAUACAUCUU